AUGAAUGAAAAUAUAUUCUCCCAGAGUAACUCAAGUACAUUUAAUUUUGACAAUUCAAUCUCGACAACAAAUUUAAUCCUGACAACGUUGAAAUCUGAUGAUUCUGUACCACCACACUAUGAACAACAACAACAACAACAUCAACAAUGUGACGAAGACCAAAAAAGUUUGUCUCCGACAUCAACAAUAACAACAACAACAGCAACUCCAUCAAUUAUGGUGAAUAAAAAGGGUGAAAUGAGUUCAUUUUCAGACUUUAGUCAAAUUCAUAUGGACAGAGGAAAUUGUAGUGAUAACAGUAGUAGUAGUAGUAAUGAGAGUAUCGAUAAUAAUAUCCCCAAAGAGUUGACGUCAUCAUCACCGUUAUCACUGUCAUCAUCAUUCUCAUUAACAGGUGAGUAUAAAGACUACUCAACAAUAACAGCAGCAACAACAAGCAUUAAUACAGCCAAUCUUACAAAUGACAAAUGCUCAGACACUAGUGACCAAUUCGACAAAUCCUUAUUAAAUUUCAUCAAUCAUACAAUCAAUAACACUGGAUUGGGUAAAACUGAGAAAACAGUAAAUCAAGAAAUGUUUACACAAGAUACAUUUUCAUCAUUGAAGUCAAUUCCUGGAAGAAAUCUUUUCCCAAGCAUAAUAAAUCAUAAUAUUGAUAAUAUCAACAAAAGUGGAGUUGAGCAUACUGAACAUUUAGGCGGUUUUAUACAAAAUCAGACCACUUUGAAUGCUUUGUCUAUGGCAUAUUCAUCUUUGAUUGCCAGUGGUUUGUACGGUUUAAACAAUAAAAGUACCAGUACGGUUAACCAUUCUACAAAUACACCAAUAGAUAAAUUUCAGUCUCUACUUCAAUGUCAUUCAAUUCCCAAUUUGUUAAAACAACGUUCAUUACUACCGACAUGUGAAUCGCCGUCAUCAGGAAUAACAUCGACAACAAUUUCAUCAUCAUCUACCAUACCACCAUUACCAUCGUCAUUAUUUUUAUCAAAUUCUUUGGGAAGGAUACAUUCAGGAGAUUUAUCGCACCCGUUUAUUUCACCUGCAAACGAUACUGUCACUAGUAAUAAUAAUAGUAAUAAGAACUUUGCUACUCCAAAAGUACAUCAAGAAAGUAGUGCUAGUGAAUUCAAUCUCCCUGCAAUUAUGAAUAACCUUUUAGUUGAAAAUUUAGAAGGAUGGCGACAACUUCAGAAAACUGGUUUACCGUCUAACAUAGAUCCUCAGAUGUUAACCUUUUAUACUGGAGCAUGUUGUCCUGCAGAAUUAUCCAAUACUAAUCGACGUAAAAAUGCUACAAGAGAAACAACAAGUAUGCUUAAAACGUGGUUGAAUGAACAUCGGAAAAAUCCCUAUCCAACUAAGGGUGAAAAAAUUAUGCUGGCAUUAAUUACUAAAAUGAGUUUAACUCAAGUAUCUACAUGGUUUGCAAAUGCAAGAAGACGAUUGAAAAAGGAGAAUAAAGUAACUUGGAAUCUACGUACAGAUUGUUCAUCGGAUGUUGAACAUGAUGAUGAACAUUCUGUGGAAGAUGGUGAUGGUGAUGACGAUAAUGAUUUUGUCGACAAUUCUACUACUACUACUACGACGACGACGAUGACUGCUGAUAAUCAAAAUCGACUCAGCAACGAACAUGAUCUACAGACAAUUUCUGGUUUACAAGGUUUGAAACACUAUUUAAUUAGUAAACAUUCAGAAAAUUAUGAAAAGUUUUCAAUGAGUAGUAGUAAAUUAUUCAAUAAAGAAGGUUGUACAAAUCUGAUUACAGAGGGGAAUAGAAAUAAGAUUAGCAGAUUGCGAAAUUUUCCAGAUCCCUGUGAUCAAAUUGAUACCAUACCGAAGAAACGCAUAAAUUUAGAUUACAACAACAGCAACAUCGGUUCUUUGCCAAUGCCUACUUCGGAGAAAUCGAAAACACGAAAAAUUUGGUCUCUCGUAGAUAUGGUGGAUGAGAAGACAAAUCAUUCUAAUGCCGAAUCAAUAAAUGAAAAGAAUUCAUUAGAUCUACAGAACACUUCGUGUGAUAAUUGGUUAACACAAGGGAAUAAAAAUCUACAGUCUCAACAUUUUUUUAAAACUCCUACUGAAUUAUCCACAUAUCAGCUUAAAGUUGGUAGUUUAACUUCUGAUUGUCUCAGUGGUAAUCAUGAUGACAGUAUGAAUCGGAAAUCAAAGAAUUUAUUAUCUUCAUUUUCAAAUUUUACAGCACCUCCUGGUGUUACUGGUGGUGUAACUUCUACCACUAACACUGGUCAGCAGCUGAUGAACAAUUUCUCUACUGGUUCGUCAUCUUUAUUUUCGCCUAACACACUAGCAGCCUUCUACUUGUACUAUCAACAACACCAGUUACAACAAUCACAAGAGCAUAAUCAGUCGUCAUUAUCCGCUUCAACAACACCACACCAACAUUUAUCGCAUGAACAGCCAAAAUCUUGCAUGCCAAAGUUUGCCAUACCUCCUUCCCAUGUGAAUAACACUCCAUUAUAUUCAAAGUCAUUAGCUCAAAAAGAUGACAGUUUUUCGAUUUUAUUUCACAACAGUACAAAUAAUUUAGAUCUACUGAACAGAGAAACACAACAAUAUGCAAGAUCCUUGUCCAUGCAUAAAAGUUAUUCCAAUCAGCAGAUUACUACUAGUCCAAGUGAUGAAUCAUGA